UAGAGAAAGAGAGAAAAUCUAUAUCUAUAUCUGUUGUUUGUAAAAGUUUUUAUUGGGUAAUAUGGUAGAGAAGAAAGGACCUUGGACUCCUGAGGAAGAUGUAAGUUUGGUCUCUUAUAUUCAAGAACAUGGUCCUGGCAAUUGGAAAUCUGUUCCUACCAACGCUGGUAUGUUGAGAAGUGGUAAGAGCUGCAGACUAAGAUGGAUAAAUUAUCUUCGACCUGGGAUCAAGCGUGGCAAUUUUACCCAACAAGAAGAUAGGAUGAUUAUUCAUCUGCAAGCACUUCUGGGCAAUAGAUGGGCAGCAAUGGCUUCUUACCUUCCACAAAGAACAGAUAACGAUAUUAAAAAUUACUGGAACGCCCAUCUUAAAAAGAAGCUCAAUAAGUCUGUCUCCAACACUGAGUUAGCAUCAUCAUCAUCAUGCUCACAAGCCAACACCAUUGCUAAAGGUCAAUGGGAAAGACAGCUCCAAACCAAUAUCCAUUUGGCAAAACAAUCUCUUUGUGAUGCCCUAGCACUAGACAACAACUUCACCACUUCGCCACCGCUGCAGCAGCUACACCAACCAUAUAUGACCUCUCUUGCACCUCCACCACCAGGAAACUUUAGCACCACCCCUUACCCGUCCAGUGUUGAAAACAUUACGCGAUUGCUCCCAAACUGGCUGAAGGACUCCCAUAAAUCCUCACAACCGAGCUCUGAAAGUAUCAGUACAUUCAACCACCAGUUCCUCAGCCCUUCAACAAGUGAAGGGUUUAAAAACUACAACAAUUUGGAUGUUUCAGAGACAACCAGCUUGCUGCAUAAUGAAAGCAGACCAGACACUGAGGCUCAAAUGCCAUCUUUUAGUUUCUUGGAGAAUUGUGCGUUUGAUGAAGCUACUGCACAAGAACAUGAAGGCUUUGUGAAUAUGCAGCCCUUAGAUGAUAAUGAUGACUUAUUCUAGGAGGGUUUUGGGGUAUAGGAAACAUUGGCUUUUUCUAUUUUGUUUGUAAGUCGGUUUAAAGAAAGUUGU